CCAGUGUGUGUGGCCUGCCGUCUGCCGAUGUUGUGUGUUUUUGUACUGUUUCUGUCUUUUUUGAUGCAAAACGUCAACUCUCUGCUGGUGUAUAAUCGCCAAACACUGCUGGACCUCCGAUUCUCUGCCGCUAAUCCGGCAAGGACUACUCGUGGUGGAGAUGGAACGUUGCCUCCGUUUUUAUCGGGGGGACUGGUUUACCUGUGCCGCACCCCGGCUCCACCUACACGCUGUAAACGCCACCGCCGCCGGGGAAAACGCAGUGGUCGACUGGUGAGAAUGAGGGCUUCUUCAGCUCCUCGUCUCCCUUUUCCGAGGCGUUUCCUGGACCCUGUCGACGCCUGGCUGGUACCUGCCGUCGACCCGGAUGUGGCUUUCCUGCACCGCGGGACCUGCUCCUCUCGUCCCCGCUGCCGCGGAGUUAAUCCGCAUAACCUGAGGAUUUCUUCACGUCCAAGGGCUUGGACUUCCUCUUCGUGACUGAGACAUGGCUCAGUAUUGGUGAGUCCAGCGCGUUCACCGAACUUGUACCGCAGCACUGCUGUUAUUUUAACUCUCCGCGGACGUCAGGCCGAGGUGGAGGUAUGGCAACUGUUUUUAAGAGUGACUAUAAAUGCCAGCAGAUUUCACUGACAUUCUCACCUGGCAGCUUUGAACUGAGCAUGUUCGAGCUUGGUCGCGCUCAUACAGUGCUGUGUACUGUGGUCUAUCGACCUCCCAAAUACAAUAAGGGAUUUUUAAAUGUUUUCUCCGAUUUCUUGGCUGAAAUUAUGCCAAAAUAUGAUCGUGUUCUUAUUGUUGGGGAUUUUAAUAUUCAUGUGUGUUGCCCCGACAAACCUAUGGCAAAGGACUUUUUAGACCUUGUUGAUUCUUUCAAUCUUGUGCAGUCUGUGUCUGGCCCCACGCAGGAACACGGACAUACACUUGAUCUUGUUUUAUCUUAUGGUUUGCCUGUUCUCAACCUGGAGAUUUGUGGCGCCUUUUUCUCUGAUCAUAUGCCUGUAUUAUUUGAUGUGAGUCUUGCUUGUGAAACGGUUAAACCGUGCGCUCCUGUCCGUUACGGCCGUAUGAUGAAACCUUCCACUGCUGCUAGUUUCUCUCCUGCAUUUCUAAACCUAGCCCAGUCUGAUACUAUGUCCUCUGACUCCUUGGACACUGAGCAAUUAACCUCAGCCUUUCUCUCUUCCUGCACUGGAGCUCUUGACAUUGUUGCUCCCCUGAAACUCAUGCGCCCCAGACCUAAAUCCGAACCCUGGCUUAAUGACGUCACUCGCGCUGCUAGGCGUGAAUGCCGGCAGGCUGAGCGUAGGUGGAAGAAAGACAAGCUUCAUGUAACUCGUGACAUUUUGAAAGAAAGCUGGAGAAAGUAUCAGAGCAUUGUAAAGUUGGAAAAGAUGAGUUACUUUUCUAAGAUUAUCUCUAGUAAUUUAAACAAACCUCGUGUUCUUUUUAAAACCAUUGAUGCGAUGCUAAACUCUCCUUUACUCACUUGUAUUGAAGCUUCAACUGAGGUAUGUGAAAAAUUCCUCUGCUAUUUCAUUGACAAGAUCUCCACUAUUAGAGCCAGUAUCUCACCACCUUCUUUCGACCCCUCCAUUGAUAUCAUAUGCGCUGUCUUCCAACAGUUUGGACCAGUGUCGUUGUCAUCUCUCUGCUUGGUGACUUCGCAUCGUCUUCUGCCCCCCUAUCCUGUGGAGUUCCCCAAGGUUCCAUUUUAG